CUCACACACACAGAGACAAAUGAUUGUGAAUACAAAGAAGAAGAAAAAUAACCGAUUUUUGUUGAGAUAAGACGAUUCUGCAGCAAAGACAUGGUGUUCCGUGGCGACACGGUGGUGUCCGUAGCUCAUUUAUCGGCGGAGAUUUUUCAGCGAUUUCGCUUAAUUCCACAAUCGGAUCGAAUCAGCAGCGGAGAGAUGUUGCAACUCGUUUGUUGUUUUCCGCUACAGCAAUUGGGUCGAUUCGUUUUGUGGUUCUGGAACUAUAUCUGUGUUCCACCUCCAGAGAUUUUAUAUUUUGAUGGUCGUCGUGAUGAUGACGAUGAUGGUUAUGGAUCAUCUUCGUCUUCUUCGAAUGUUACUCAUCAUCAUAAUUACUAUCAUCUUCAUUUGGAGUGACCAAAUUUCCGAUUGUUGUUGAUUGUAAAGUUUUUACUUUUCCUGUUUUUGUAUAGUGAAAGUUCUUGUUUUGGUUAUUGGGUUUCAUUUCUUGGGAUUGUUGGAUAUAAUCAAAGUGUGGUUUUUAAAUCAUUGCUUAUAGAAUCAGAGAAGAUGUUGAACAUUUGGUGAUGCAAAUUUAGUUUUAGGUUUCAUCAUCUUGAGGAGUCAAAGGAGCUUGCUUUGAUCUAUUACUUGUCCAUAUUAUCUAGCAAUUCGAGUUUAUUCUGUUUUUCGGAAGAUCGAUUUGACCUAGGAAUGUUUAGUUAGUGGAAUUAGGAGGGUGGAGAUUAAGGAUUUGGAAUUGGGAGAUAUAUGAUUGUAAGUAGGAGGGGUGUAGAUUAAGGAUUUGGAGCUCAUCAUAAUGAAGUUUAGCUAGGAUUUCAGUCUUUUGUCGAUAAAUAGUAUUCGUGAAGGACCUAUAAGGUUAAAGGGCAUAAUCCUUAGAUGUGAUCUAUGGUAAGCAUACUUUCAUGUUAUCAGAAACUGUUGUGGAUGAUCAAGUUCAAGGACUUUCUUAUUCUUGUGUGAUUUUACAAGAUCAUUUGUUGCAAUACUGUGGACAGUUUGCUGUGAAUUAUAUGUUGCUCAACCGAAAUGACGAGUGAUCUCGGGAUAAGGCAAGGUUGGAGAAGUUUUCUGGAAUCCAGUUCAAGAUUUUGUUGUCAUUUUUCUUGGAUGAAAUGUCUUUGUACUUAAAUUGUAAAAGUUUUCAAAUCUUGAGAAGAUUUAAUAUUUCUCUUAAUAUCUAAUCCUUUGUUUUCUUCAA